AUGCUCGCCUCAUUCACGGCUCAUCUUAAUUCUUCAAAUCGGAUUCUCGUCCUGAUCGGGGCUGGCCUCUCAGCAUCUUCUGGGAUCCCAACAUACCGUUCCGCUAGUGGGUUUUGGCGCACCUUCUCCGACCAGCAGCUCGCGAAGAAAAGCGCAUUCGAGGAAGAUCCCAUUUUGGUCUGGCAGUUCUACAACUACAGGAGGCAGCAAGCCAAAGCUGCGCUGCCGAACCCAGCACACCAUGCGCUUGCGGAACUUGCCGCACGGAGACCGGAAUUGUUUUCGGUCAACCAGAAUGUGGACGAGCUAUGUCAAAGAGCUGGGCAUCCUAUGGGACAGAUAGUCGACCUUCAUGGGUCGCUAUUUCGGGUCAAGUGCUUCGACGAUGCGUGUGGAUACGAGGAGGAGAAUCACGAAAUACCUAUCAUCCCGCAGUUGUCAGUCACUGAGCCACCUGGGGUCCUCGAUUCCGCCGACUACAACUCCGCACAAUCUGGAGUCAGCAUCGAGGAUCUGCCGCACUGUCCAAAAUGCAAGGUCGGCUUGCUCCGCCCAGCUACGGUGUGGUUUGGUGAAAACCUUCCGGAAGCUAAAGUUCACCAAGUUGACGAAUGGCUACAGGAUGGAAAGGUUGAUCUGAUGCUUGUUAUCGGAACAUCAGCUAUGGUGUGGCCUGCGGCUGGGUACAUAGGUCGGGCAAGGAACGCGGGCGCUCGUGUGGCUUUUUUUAAUAUGAUGGAGAAGGCUGCUGGUGUGGCCAGGCCAGAGGAGAGCGACUGGAUGUUUCUAGGAGAUGCGGCCGAGCUCGUCCCCAAAGCUUUUGAGGGUUUCCUAGGUGUCGACAAUUAG